AUGUCACCAGCAGCGGUUACCGAGAGCAGUCCGGUACCCGACGAGGAGACGGAGAGCAUCAGAGAGGAGCAGCGUCCAGUGAAGCAGUCCCUGAGCCAGUCCCUGUGCCGAGAAUCACAUUGGAAGUGUCUCACGCUCUCGCUUCUGAUGUAUGGUUGUCUGGGAGCCAUGACUUGGUGUCAUGUGACCAAGGUGACCAGGCUGACCUUUGAUAGCGCCUACAAGGGAAGGUCCAUGAUGUACCAUGACAGCCCUUGUUCCGAUGGCUAUGUCUACAUACCGUUGGCCUUCCUGGUCAUGCUGUAUGUGGUCUAUCUUGUGGAGUGCUGGCACAGUCAUACCAGGAACGAGCUCCAGUAUAAGGUGGAUGUGGAGAGCGUGUAUGAGCAUGUGGAGAGGAUGCAGCAAUCUACGCCCUGCAUCUGGUGGAAGGCCAUAAGCUACCACUAUGUGCGCCGGUCCAGACAGGUGACCCGCUACCGCAAUGGUGAUGCUUACACCACAACUCAGGUCUACCAUGAGAGGGUCAGCACCCAUGUAGCUGAGGCAGAGUUCGACUACUCCAACUGCGGGGUCAAGGACGUCUCCAGGGAGCUGACCGGCCUGGAAGAAGGGACGGCCACUAAAUUCCGUUUCACCAAAUGCUUCAGCUUCGCCAACAUGGAAUCCGAGAACUCCUACCUGACCCAGCGCGCCCGCUUCUUCACCGAGAACGAGGGCCUCGACGACUACAUGGAGGCCAGGGAGGGUAUGCACCUCAAGAACGUCGAGUUCAAGGAGUACAUGAUCACAUUCGGGGACCCUGACCGCCUGCCCUGGUACGUGUCCCAUCGAGCCUUCUGGGUGGCUGCCUUCCUGACCCUCUCGUGGCCUCUCCGGGUGUUGGUGGAGUACCACACCGCCUUUGCCCACUACCACGUGGAGAAGCUAUUUGGCUUCGACUAUGUCCCCUCCACGCCGGGGGAGGACAGGCCGUACUUCAGGCGCAUCCCCCGGGUCAACACGGUGGACAGCACAGAACUGGAGUGGCACAUCCGCUCCAACCAGCAGUUGGUGCCCAGUUACUCUGAGGCGGUGCUCAUGGACCUGGUCGGGCUCUCCGGCUGCAAUGGCUACACCCUCUGCGGUUACGGCAGGUAUCGGCGGAACUGUGAGCGGUGUCACCGGGCCAUGAGCAGCGCCUCCAUCUUUUCCCGCAGCGGACUGAGCAUCUGUGGCAGCUCUCCCCGCAUCCCGCUGAGCGGGAGCCGCUUCUCCCUGGGGAGGCUGCAUGGCUCCCGCAGGAGCUGCUUCUGGAGGAGCAGCAGUGGGAGCCUGCAGGAGGCUGGUUGCCCCAAUGAGCAAACCCGCUGCCUCUCCAGCCAGGUCCAGGUCGAGGAGGAGCCACCUCCCUACCAGGAUGCCCUUUACUUCCCAGUCCUCAUAGUCCAUCGCAACGAAGGUUGCCUGCACCAUGACCAUAGGCACUGCAGCAGAAAUGGUUCGUGCAUUGAGACAUCGCUGUAA